UUCACGGAUGUAAACAAAAUCUGAGUUAAACUAGUCAACUUGAAUAUCUUUUGACUAGAAAAUUCUUUUUAUCAGUAAAUUACCGUUAUCUUGAAACAUUUUUUACUUUCACUGUCACUUCGGCUCAGGGCUCUUUUACGCUGAAGGACCGAGUGAUAACGAAGUUCUGGUUCCGUUUUCAGUUGUUCUCAUUUUCCGUAGCAUAGCUGACCAUUACAAAAUAGCGAUUUUUUGCUAGUAUUUAACACAUAUUGUACGCAUUUCAACACUUUAAAAACUAUGGAAGACGAAAAAAGCGAUCACUGGUCUGAGGUAUUAAAAAGGAGGCUGGAAAACACUCCCAAGGAUGAAAGAAGCGAGGAGGAAAAGAAAGCAGAAGAAACUGAGCUCUUCACAAAGUAUUACACAGAGUGGAAGGGAGGAGGCGACAAAGACACGUCCUACAAUAACAUCCCACGGUUUUACUAUAGACUUCCAGCAGAAGAUGAGAUACUUCUGCAAAAGUUGAGAGAGGAAUCGAGGGCUGUGUUUCUGCAAAGGAAGAGUCGAGAACUGCUGGAUAAUGAAGAACUUCAGAAUCUUUGGUUUCUUCUUGAUAAGCAUCAGGUUCCUCCAAUAACAGGAGAAGAGGCCAUGAUUAGUUAUGAAGCCUACUUACAAGUGGGUGAGAAAGCUGGGCCAAAGUGCAAAAAAUUUUUCACUGCUCGAGUUUAUGCUAAGCUGCUUCACAAUGACCCUUAUGGGAGAAUCUCCAUCAUGCAGUUCUUUAACUAUGUCAUGAGGAAAGUGUGGUUACAUCAGACCAGGAUAGGUUUAAGCCUAUAUGAUGUGGCAGGACAGGGUUACCUCAGAGAAUCUGAUCUUGAGAACUACAUCUUGGAAUUGAUCCCAACUCUGCCUCAGCUCGAUGGAUUGGAAAAGUCAUUUUACUCUUUCUAUGUCUGCACUGCUGUCCGCAAGUUUUUUUUCUUCCUUGACCCUCUGCGAACAGGGAAGAUAAAAAUCCAGGACAUCUUGGCAUGUAGUUUUUUGGAUGACUUGUUAGAGUUGAGAGAUGAAGAACUGUCAAAAGAGAGUCAGGAGUCAAACUGGUUUUCAGCUCCGUCUGCCCUAAGGGUCUACGGCCAGUAUCUUAAUCUGGACAAAGACCACAAUGGUAUGUUAAGCAAGGAAGAGCUGUCUCGUUAUGGAACAGCCACUUUGACGUCAGUCUUCCUUGACCGGGUGUUUCAGGAGUGCCUCACAUAUGAUGGAGAAAUGGACUAUAAGACAUAUUUAGACUUUGUUUUGGCCCUGGAAAACCGAAAAGAACCAGCUGCAUUACAAUACAUCUUUAAACUUUUAGACAUGGAGAACCAAGGAUAUCUCAAUGUCUUCUCACUCAACUAUUUCUUUAGGGCCAUACAAGAGCAGAUGAAAGUUCAUGGUCAAGAGCCCGUGACUUUUCAAGAUGUCAAGGAUGAGAUCUACGACAUGGUGAAGCCCAAGGAUCCAUAUAAAAUCACCUUGCAGGACUUGGUGAACUGUUGUCAGGGUGAUACUGUUGUUAGUAUCCUGAUAGACCUUAACGGCUUUUGGACAUAUGAAAACAGAGAAGUGCUAGUUGCCAAUGACAACAAUAGUAGCAACACAAGUGACCUCGAUGACACUUGAAGUAAUGUGUCAUACAGAUUUGUAAAAGGUCUGUUGGACUUCUCCUUUCUACAGAAAUAUUAAGCUUAUUUUCUACAAGUCUUAAUGGGCCAUUCCUACUGCUUACUUUCUCUUUGUUCUUUUACAUGUUUGCAUUUCAAAUAUUAGAUACCUUUUUGUAAGUUUAAGCAACAGAAAAAAAUGAAAGCAAACAAUUUAUUUUUUUUUUUUUUAUUAAGACACAAAAUAAAUAUUUACUAUGUACAGAUCAAUGUAAAAUAGUUAAAUAAAACAUUUGCUUCCAUA